GUUCCCCCGUCGUUUCUUUCGUUUGUUUCAAUCCGUUCCUUCUCUCAAGUCCAAACUUCCUGCUUGAAGCAUAUCAGUUUUUUGACUUCGGUCAGCCAUUCUUUUACCAACCAAACCAACUACCCACACUCUCUUUUUUAGCCCACCGCUAAAUACAACACCCAUAAAUCAACCUUGACGGUUAUAUUAUCUCGUGUUUACAAAACCCUAACAGUCAAAAUGCGUUUCUCUGCCACCACCAUUGCUCUCUUCGCCGGCCUUGCUGCCGCCCUCCCCAACGGUGAGGUCCACACCGUCUACCAGACCGAGGAUGUGACUAUCACCUCUUGCGCUCCUACCGUCACCGACUGCCCCGGCCGUCAGACCUCCACCCCUGAGGGCGUUGAGCCAGUCACCACUCCUGCUGCUGUCACCACUGAGACUCCCGUUGCUCAGACCUCCUCUGCUGAGGUCCCUCCCGUUGUCGAGUCUUCCUCUCAGGCUCCUCCCGCUGAGACCCCUGCUGUCCCUACCAGCAGCUCUCCUGUUAUCCCCCCUCAGGUUCCCAGCGGCAGCGCCAGCGGCAGCGUCCCCCCUGCUCCCUCCAGCAGCAGCCCCGUCAUCCCUCAGCCUCCUCAGCAGCCUAGCCAGGGCACCACCGUCAUUGCUGUGACCACCUGCAUCCCCACCGUCACCUACUCUACCAUUGUUGGCACCCCCACCGGUGUCUCCCCUGGCAAGAGCUCUUCCGUCCCUGUUGUCGGUACCCCUGCCCCCAGCGGCGGUGCUACCCCCUCUUCGUCCGGCCCCUCUUCUCUCUUCACCGGUGCCGCCAACACCGUCGGCCAGUCCUUCGGCCUUGCCGGUGCUGCCGCCGCCGCCGCUUUCUUCCUGGCCUAAAUUCCCUUCUUGUCAAUAGUGUAGCCCCGAUUCACUCGUGAGUCCGGCUCCGCUUGCUGAGCGGGGGGAAUCUAGUAAUGGACGUUUUGUGUGAAUGAUACCAGAGUUGGACGGGGUUUGUCUUUAGUUUGUGUGUGGUUCUGGGGAGAGUUAAUACCAUUUGACUUCUUAU